AUGAAGCCGAUGGUGAUUCUGGACGCGAUCAAGCUCGCAGCCAUCGCCUUCCUCUCGAUGCUCCUCGGGCUGCUGCAGCCGUCGCCGUCGCCGGCCAUUACUGGCAGCUUUGAGCCCGUCGACGACAUGUGGGCGGCCAACGACAAAUCCAAGCCCGCAUCUCCCACCAAGGCAUUUUUGCAGGAGCGGUCCCACCACGGCUCGCGGACACCGGCCACCUUUGAAGACCUCACCAUUGUCGUCUACACAUUCCUCGACGACUAUGGCCGCGAAAGCGUCAACCUCACGUUUGGCGACCUUGACCGCGCCGCCCGCCGCGUCGCUGCCACCUUGCAGCAAGAUGCCAAUUUGAAGAAGGGCGACCGCGUCAUGCUCGCGUAUCCCCCGGGCCUCGACUUUGCCAUGGGCUUUUGGGGCUGCCUCUACGCCGGUGCGAUCGGCAUCCCUGUCUACCCGCCGUACCCGGGCACGCUCGUCAAGGACCUCCCCAAGUUUAACCGCAUGGUCGCCGACUCGGGCGCCAAGGUCAUUUUGACCAACCGUACGUAUUACAUGGCGACGCAGCUCGCGACCGCCAAGAGCUACUUCUCUGGUUCGGUGUCGUGGCCCAAGGACAUUCAGUGGUUCUCGACAGACGCCAUUGCCGACGACAUGGACAUGUGCUACACUGAUGUCGAGUGCUCGUUUGACGAUUUGGCCUUCUUCCAGUACUCGUCCGGCUCGACAUCCGAGCCCAAGGCCGUCAUGGUGUCGUAUGGCAACGUCAACGCGCAGCUCAAGGUGUGGGUCGCCAUUCGUGAGACCGACACGAUGGUUUCAUGGGUCCCGUCGUACCAUGACAUGGGUCUCGUCGUCUUUAUCCUUGCGCCAGCUUCGACUGGUGCCCGGUGUGUGUCGAUGUCUCCGCUUUCGUUCAUCAAGGAUCCUGCACUCUGGAUGCGCACGGCCUCCAAGUACAAGGCCACGCAGAUCUGCGCACCCAACUUUGGCUAUGCCCUUGCCGCCCGCAAGACGACCAAGGCCCAAGCGGCCAAGCUUGACUUGCGCCAUUUGCGUCAGAGUUUGUGCGCUGCCGAGCCGAUUCGUAUCGAGUCGCUCAACGCGUUCACUGAGACGUUUGCGCCUGCCGGCUUCAACCCCAAGACGUACGGCUGUGGCUACGGUCUUGCCGAGGCCACUCUGGCCGCGACGGGCCCCGACCCGUACAACCCCAAGGAGCCCGUCGUCUUUGUCGCCAAGAAGAACGCUCUCGAGCAGCACAAGAAGGCCCAGCGCGCGCCGGCCGACCACCCGGCUGUCGACACCAUGACGCUUGUCGGCUGCGGCACGCUCCGCCCGACGUUCAAGGUCAUCAUCGUCGACCCCGAGACGCACGAGCAACUGCCCGACUGCCGCGUCGGUGAGAUCUGGAUCCAAGGCGAGAGC